AUGUUGCUCAUAGGGAGAAAGCACAAGAAUGCUGCCUUACAGCAGCUUUGCAAAGCCAGAUACCACAGCACCAAUGACCUUGGGGGGCUGGCUGCCUCCCAGUCGCUGCUGGAACGGUGGGCGGCCAUCGGAUCAGCGUCAAGUCUGCCACGGUCCAUCCGCCCCCGCGUCAUCAUCGUCACCAGGGGCGGGGCUGUGAUGGGGAACAUUCUCGAGGAGAAUCAGUUUAUUGACAAUCUCUUCCGUCCGGACAGUACCUCCCGCCUCCUGUCAUCCUUUGCGGAUGUGCGGUUGUCCCAUCUUCAGCCCGCCGAGCUUUCUCCUGAGGCCCAAUAUCUUGAUCUUCAAGGAGACAUGAUGGAGGAGCUGCACGCAGCCAGGCGGGUUGAACAGUUUGAGGGCUCAGAAGAUGAAUUCAUGAUCAAGAAGUGCCUUCCAUGCAAAGAGCUUACCUGCUUGAAGGUGAGGGUGAAACCAUCUACCGCGGGUGUUCGGAUAAUCAGUAUUGAUGAAGAAGGCAUCCAUGUGAUCAUGCCCUUGAAUGUCCUUGAAAUGAUGCAGGCUUAUAUUCCCCAUCUGCCGCUUCACUAUCUGGUUGACUUCUGGGGUGGAACAAGCACAGAAGGCAAUGUCGCACUGAACAUGAGGGUCUGUCAACAUGAUGUAAAGGACACAAAGUCUGCUUGUCUGAAGCAGAUGAAGCUUUUCUUUGAGAAGAACCAAAAGGUUGGAAUCACAAAACCACAUCGCCUGGUGAAGGCCCUGUGGGCAGAUGGUGUAUACAAAAGCAAGAACAUAGAUAGUGUUUACAUCCACCACUUCAGACCCACACUGCGGAUGCGCAACACCCCACGAUCAAAUAUAUCAGCCUGGAAAGUGGCCAUCAUAACCAGCACCAUUGGCGACAGAGCCCCAGUCCUGAUUAUGAAUUAUAACAGGUAUCAAUAUGCCCAAACCAAGAGUGAUGAUGAUCCGCUUGUCUGGCAGGUCAGGCGGGUGACCACAGCCGUUCCAGAGGUUGGGAGUCUUCAGAAUGGCGGCACUCAUCCACACAACAACAACCCAGUUCACAUGGCGCUGUCAGAAGCCCAGCACCUCUGGCCCACGACAAAACCAGAUGUUGUGAUCUCGCUAGGUACGGGGUCACAGUCACUUGUGCAGUCACCAAAGACGUCCAGCUUUCAGAAUGUAUUUGUGGAUGGGUGGCUCUCCCGGGGCUACCGGGCCUUCAACGCGUCAUAUGAUGGGGAGGAGUCCUGGCGGGAGAUCUGGAACCUCCUUGAUCCACUGACGCAGAAACAGUUUAUGCGUAUCAACUUUCCAUUUUCAGGAGCACCACCGGCGAUGAACGAUGCAGACGCCACGGAAUCCAUGUCACAGUGGGUGCGGAAGCAACCCCGGAAAAGGAUAGAAGAAGCACUCAUCCUGCUACUGGUGUCGUGCUUCUACUUCAUAUUGGACGCCGUGCCAGAUUUCCAUUCUGGUCUAUUCUACUGUGUUGGCUCCCUUCAGUGCCGCGCGCCACCGCGGCCUAUCAUCCAGGCUUUGUUAUCAUUACGCCCCACCACUCUCUGCUUCUACAAAGACAGCUUGAACUUAGGCUUCUGCCUGGCGGAGGAGGAUAUAUGCGAAUCUUGCCAGCGCUACUGCCGGCCGGUUCGGUUCUGCGUUCGAGAUCUCAAGGAGACAGUCACCCUCGCCCUGUGUCGUGAUGAUGCUAUACAUGAAGUAAGCAUGUUCCCAAACACCAUCCAGUGGUUUAUUGACCAGCAGGAUCUGGAGAGUAAUUUUGGACUCGAGAACCAUGGUGUUCCAUUUCACAUUCAGUGCACAGCGGCAUUUUACAGGCCGGCCAUCCUCAUGACCAUGAAUGAGCCAACAGGAACCAUUGCCACCAUGCAUGAUAAAGCACAACAUGGGAAUCUGGCAAACGUGACUGACUUUGUUGUCAAUUUUCUUCAUGAAAACCUUCGAAGAAUCGCACCGAGUGCUGGCAUCCAGCAGGAAGUCAAAACUGCCUUCCAGCCACCCAGGACAAGCCAGGCAUUAUUCAUAACACUCGGAGGAAGUAUUGUUGUGUUUGGCAGAGUCUCAGCAACUCAAGACAUCAAUGAGCUACGAAACACACUGGUCGAGGAAGUCACCCAGAAGGCUGUUGCUCAGGGAGGACGUCGCAAGGGAUUUGCAUUUGCAACCUCAAGGGGUGGAGGUCUGAAGUGUCAGUUUUUUGAGGUUCGGGGUGCGGCGGAUUUUGAUCCCAUACCUAAUGAGCCCUUGGAUUUUGAUGCUGAUGAAGCAAGAAUUGUGGCGAUUUUAGAGCACUGCUUAGAGUAUUUUAAUGUCUAA